UUAUCUUCUUGCGCCGGUCGCUUGUUUAAUCAGCUCGAACUCUAUCACGCCCACCAGCAAUCUUCAGACCUUCAUUAUCAACAGCUUUUAAUAAUCUUCAAGUCAUCCAACCAGACCAUCAAAAUGCGUUACUCCAUCGCCUUCGCUGCCGCUGCUCUUGCCAGCUCCGUCUCUGCCCACGGUGUCAUCACCCAGGUCCAGGGUGCCAACGGUGUCAACAUGCCCGGUCUUUCUGUCAUCGACGGUACUCCUCGUGACUCUGGCAACCCCCUCUCCGGUUCUGAGGCCGAUACCUCCAUCAUCCGCGCCAAGGAGAUGGGCGGCAAGGCCUCUGCUCUCGGUCGCACCCAGGGUGGCGGUCCCGUCGACGCCGCUGCCGCUAUCUCCACCUUCAUGGGUGGUGCUGGUGGCGCUGCUGCUGGUGGCGCCGCUACUGGUGCCGCUACCGGUGCUGCUGGUGGUGCUGCUGCUGGUGGUGCUGCUGCUGGUGGUGCCGCUACUGGUGCCACUACCGGUGCUGCUGGUGGUGCUGCAGGUGGUGCCGCAGGUGGUGCCACUCGUGGCGCUGCUGCUGGCAACAACAACAAGCGCGGUCUUCUCGACGCUCUCACUGGUGGCGGAGCUGCUGCUGGUGGCGCUGCCGCUGCUACUGGUACCAAGACUCCCAAGGGUACCAGCGAAGCUGGUGUCGCUGCUGCCGCCGGCCAGGGCGCUUCCCAGGGUCUCCCCACCACUGCUGAUGAUGGCACCAUCACCAUGACCUUCCACCAGGUCAACCAGGACGGUGCUGGUCCCCUGACUGCCCAGAUCGAUCCCACCUCCGCUGGUACCGACCCUGCUGCUUUCCAGGACGCCACUGUCACCCAGGACGUUCCCGGCAUUGGUAUCGGUGGUCUCUCUGCCGCCGCUGUCAUGGACUUCCCCGUCAAGGUUCAAAUGCCCCAGGGUAUGACUUGCCAGGGUACCGCCGGUGGUGCCCAGAACGUCUGCAUUGUCCGCAUGCAGAACGCCGCUCUCGCUGGCCCCUUCGGUGGCUCCGCUGCCUUCACGCAGUCCACCGCUGCUCAGAAGCGUGCGGUCGAGUACAACCUCCGCAAGCGCCACUUUGCUCGCGGCCUUUUCAACAAGCUCGAGUAAGCUACUCACUCAAAAAGGGUGGAUCGGUUAGAAGACGUUGGCAGUUGCUGGACAAGCCAGGAUAUGAUCUGAUAGAGGGCAUAGCUACCUAUAAGAGGUGUUGAUACCCGUUG